CGUGGGCAACAUCCCCUUUGGCAUCACUGAGGAGGCCAUGAAGGACUUCUUCAACACCCAGAUGUACCUUGGGGGGCUGACCCAGGCCCCUGGCAACCCUGUCUUGGCUGUGCAGAUUAACCAAGACAAGAACUUUGCCUUCUUGGAGUUCCGCUCAGUGGAUGAGACCACCCAGGCCAUGGCCUUCGAUGGCAUCAUCUUCCAGGGCCAGUCGCUGAAGAUCCGCAGGCCUCACGACUACCAGCCUCUGCCUGGCAUGUCAGAGAAUCCCUCUGUCUACGUGCCUGGAGUUGUGUCCACCGUAGUCCCGGACUCUGCCCUCAAGCUGUUCAUUGGGGGCUUACCCAAUUACCUGAAUGAUGACCAGGUAAAAGAGCUGCUGACAUCGUUCGGGCCUCUCAAGGCCUUCAACCUGGUCAAGGACAGUGCCACAGGGCUCUCCAAGGGCUACGCCUUCUGUGAGUAUGUGGACAUCAACGUUACAGAUCAGGCCAUCGCGGGGCUGAAUGGGAUGCAGCUGGGGGAUAAAAAACUGCUCGUCCAUUUCUCUUCAUGGCUUUGUCACACAUGUUGUUUAAACCAAUAA